UAAGUAAAAUAGUUUCUAUUCAAAAAUUGCCUAAAUUUAAAGAGUAAUGUAAUUGUUUAGUAUUUACUUCCAAAGUUGGCUACGUCAAAUAUAUUACUAAAUUCACUAUAACAAAAGCAGUUUUUAUUUUUUAAAGUUGGGUAAUAAAGAUAAAGAAGACAGCACGUCUAAAAUUUUAAAGCGAAGCAGCAAUUUCAAUUUAUUAUUUUAUCAAGCUGGCAACGCUAUUCAAUACUCAUCAGCUGCUAAAUGCACCGUUAAACGUCAUAUAAAAAUGUCCUUUUUAAAGAGAGAGAAUGCACUGGUGCUAACCACACCAAAACGCAUUGAGCUGCUCAAGGACGGUCCGCCAGCUACAGCAAGGUCCAACAGGUGUCAAAUUUUGGGCCGCGGAGCCUAUGGUACGGUGUUCAAGGCUAUAUAUAGAGAGCAUGCUGUCGCCUUAAAAAUCAUUAAAGCCGGCGCCGUAUCCACUUUGCAAAAUGAGGCGCACAUCUUGAACUGGAAGCACAAAAAUAUUGUGCGUUUAAUUAAGCUGGAAUCGACGCCCGAGUUUGGUUUGCUCAUCAUGGAGCGACCCAGUGGGCUGUGCCUUCAGCGUGUGCUGGAUACGCUUGCGCUGCCGCUGCUGCACAGAGUGUUCAUAACCCUUGAUAUUCUCGCUGCGCUGCGAUACUGUCAUUGCCAGCAGGUGCUGCAUCUGGAUGUGAAGCCUCCAAAUGUGUUGGUUGCCCUGGGCACCAAGCAGACAGGAUUUGGUAGACUGGAGCAGUCCAAGCGUCGCUACAUCUGCAAGCUCUGUGACUUUGGCAGUUCCAUUCGCUUGGGCGAUGAGCAGAGCAGUGUCAAGGGCACAUUGCGCUAUAUGUCGCCGGAAGCGUUGCGUUCGUUGCCCCUGAGCAGCGCCUCGGAUAUUUACUCCUUGGGCAUUACCAUGUGGCAGUUGCAGUCGCGUCGCUUGCCAUUCCAUACGCUCAACUGCAAUGAAUCCAUUGCGUAUCAGGUGGUGAAGCACGAUCUGCGACCCGAUAACUACGCGCUGCUGGAGUCGCUCAAGAUGGGCAACGAGCCGUUGCCCUUGAAUGGCUGUUAUUGUGCAACGGAUUGGCCAGACAGCUCUGUGGAGCUCGUCUGCAGCUAUAUAGGUCGGAUUAGGCCCCAAGUGGAUGUGCUACUCUCCACGGAUGUGUACAAAAGGGUGCGUCGCAAUCUGAAUUUUGAGGCCAACCACGGCCGAGUCCUCAAGCGACACAAGCAGCGCAAGCAGCCACGACUAGCGCACUAUUUCGACGAGCCAUCAUGCGAUCAGGUGUCCAGGUAUCUGGAGGGCGCUUAUAGCGAGCUAUACAGAAGCUGUUGGCUGAGCCAACCUGAGCUGCGUCUAAACUCUCUCCAGCUACAAAAACGCCUGGAGCUGAUCCUAAACAAGUGUGUAUCUACCUAAUAUUUAAAAGUCUGCGAGAAUUUUAGCUUAUAAUUAAGUUAUUUAUAAUCUGUAUGUUUUCUUGUAAUAUUUCUUUUAUGUUUAACUCUUAUUUAGCUAAAAUAUAUUUUUAAUUCUUUUAUUUUAUUCGUAUGUAUAGUUUAGUGUCUUUUAUGCAAUUGAAACUCAUUUUCGCAUUGGUUUAAUAAUUUAUAUUUCGUAACUUUUUUUGUUUAUUGUUUACAUUUUGUACUUGCUACGCUAAGAAAAUACAUUUAUAAUGUUUUAUACGAGCUUAAAUUUA